UUAGUCAAAGUAAACAUGUGGAGGACUCACAUUAAACAUGUCCGACUCAUCAGGCCGACUCAUACUUUGACCCUUUGGUCAAUAAUCCCCUGCACAGACAAAGUGAGGCAGACUGAGGCAGACUGGAGAGAGGCUCUGCUGGAUCUGGUUCUGAGGAUCUGCUCGGAGGUCUGGAUCAUGGUGGAACCAUUAUUUAAACCGGCUUUUGUUCUUCUGCUGUUUCUGCUGCACGGCUGCCUGGCACAACAUGUUUUCCUCAACAGCCACGUGGCCUCGCAGGUGCUGGUCAGGAGCCGUCGAGCCAAUCAGCUGUUUGAGGAGGUGAAACCAGGGAACUUGGAGCGAGAGUGUGUGGAGGAAAUCUGUGACCAUGAAGAAGCCAGAGAGGUGUUUGAACAGACGGACAAAACAGAAUCCUUCUGGAGCAAAUACCUGGACUGUAAAGGAACUAAGCUGACAAGAACUCAAGAUAACAUCAACAUUGUCAGACAGUGUAUAGAAGGUCAGUGUAUUUCUGGUACAGGAGUCAGCUAUGCAGGAAACGUCAACAUCACAGAAUCAGGCAUCCAGUGUCAACACUGGAGCAGCAGCUUCCCACAUCCCAUAAUAAGGGAGUUUAACGCGUCAGAACCAGGGAGCAUCCUACAGGAGAACUUCUGUCGUAACCCUGACAACCAGGCAGACGGACCCUGGUGUUACACCAAAAACCCAGUGAUAGUGAAGCAGAAGUGCAAGGUCCCCAAAUGUGGCGAGCCUUUCGUCCCGACCACCGUGGCCCCGGAACCAGUCAGAACUGGCGAGUGUCUACCAAACUAUGGUGUAGACUACGUUGGCGACCUGGCGGUGACCGUGGGAGGUCACACCUGUCUGCUGUGGUCAUCACCUGAAGCAACGGCCCUCAGUCAAGACAAAGAGUUCAUCCCCGAGGUCGGCCUGCCCGCCAACAAGUGCCGUAACCCUGACAACGACCCCGAAGGGCCCUGGUGCUACGUGAAGGUUAACGGAAACGUGACCGUCGACUACUGUGACCUCUAUCUGUGUGAGGAGUCCUUGGUUGAUGAUUUGUUGACCACAGAGACUGAAGGCAGGGAGCGCUCCGUCCUGGGGCCGGCCAAGAAACUGCUUUUCAAUCCUCGCUCAUUUGGACAAGGAGAGGCUGAUUGUGGGAAACGGCCCUUGUUUGAACAGAAAGCCAUAAAGGACAGGAAGGAGGAUGAACUGCUGGCGUCAUAUAGAGAAAGUCGCAUCGUUGGAGGCGAUGACGCUGAGGUGGCCUCUGCUCCAUGGCAGGUGAUGCUCUACAAGCGCAGCCCUCAGGAGCUGCUGUGUGGAGCCAGUCUGAUCAGUGAUCAAUGGAUCCUCACUGCAGCUCACUGCAUCCUCUACCCGCCCUGGAACAAGAACUUCAGCACCGACGACAUCCUGGUCCGCCUGGGAAAACACAAUAGGGCCAAGUUUGAGCAUGAAACCGAGAAGAUCGUCGCAAUUGAUGAAAUCAUCGUCCACCCAAAGUACAACUGGAAGGAAAAUCUGAACCGCGACAUCGCUCUGCUGCACAUGAGACGGCCGGUCAUAUUCUCAAAUGAGAUCUUUCCCGUCUGCCUGCCCAGCAAGAAGGUCGCCAGAACCAUGCUGACAGAAGGCUUUAAGGGUCGAGUGACCGGCUGGGGGAACCUGAAGGAAACCUGGAACCCAGCAGCAAGAAAUUUACCCAAAGUCCUCCAGCAAAUCCAUCUACCGAUCGUGGAUGAGCAAAUCUGCCGCAGUUCCACAUCAGUCAGGAUCACAGACAACAUGUUCUGUGCUGGUUAUAAACCAGAAGAUGCCCAACGUGGAGACGCCUGCGAGGGAGACAGCGGUGGACCGUUUGUCAUGAAGUACCCAGCAGAGGAUCGCUGGUAUCAGAUGGGCAUCGUGUCGUGGGGUGAAGGCUGCGACCGGGACGGAAAGUACGGCUUCUACACCCACGUGUUCCGGAUGGCGAGGUGGAUGAGGAAAGUUAUCACGAGGUCAGGAAGAGACGAUGGCGACGACUAGACACACUUCCUGUUCUGCGUGUCAAGCAAGAUGUUGCUAAUAAAGUUUGUUCACAUCCUGACAUGCUGUUUCGUUGUGUGACAAAUAAAACCUGUUGUGAUCGUUGACUAUAAA